AUGCCUGGCCACAGCACAGGGGCUCCACGCCACAAGUACCCCAACUCUUGCUCUAGGGCGGACAACCAUCGAACCAACCGGACUAUAUCCAGGGACAGCACAACCAGCCAAGACUCCUACAAGGAUCCUCAUGGGGAGCAAAUACGUGACCACUCCCGCUAUUCAGAGGGCAGGUAUGGUCGAGGAAGAAGCCACCCUCGAAACGGCACAGGAAGGGGUUCAGAGACAAUAGGAUUUAUUCCGGGGUCGGCAGACAGCGUGCCGAGCAGCAGGCAGUCCUGUGCCUCCAUGGGCUGGAGUAGCUGUAAGGCUCUUAUCUGUUCUGUUCUCACCUGUGGAUUUUAUGGCACCCGGGAGCCCUGGGUUAACAAGAGCUCCACAGACCAUACCCCCAAAACGGUCGGUGACCCUCGACCUCCUAACGGCAUAGCUGUGAAAACCCCUGGCAUGUCUUUGGAGCCCAAUAAUAAGCAGCCCAAGACCCCCAGGUUGCCCCUGAAUGACAGUUUCCGUUACCCAGAUGUGCACAUAGCAGGUCAGAAGGUAAAGUACCCAGUUGCUGACCCCAAACGGGGUCGCGCAUCAGGUAAAGGGGAUAACCAGCGGCCGGUCAGCAGCACCAGCCUUAUAUCCUACGAAGACUACGACUUGGAUGAGCAGAGCGACAAAGACAUUGACUCUCUGAUCACCAAGAAGCUGCUGGAGCUUUACGCCCUGCAUCAGAUUGACCAGCUGGCCAAGUGCACCUCUGAUUCCUCCUUCUCCCACGAGAUCAGCGAGCUCAUCUACAGCAUCGCUCAGGACUACAACCUGGAGGAUCAAGAGGCCGAGUGCAAGCUGGUGCACGGGGUCAUCCGCAUCAGUACGCGGAAGGGCAAAAGGAACAAGGGCUACCUGUUGACCGGGCAGCAUCAUAACAGCAGGAGGGAUGGGACCCUCCCCGACAGUGACAACGAGACCAUGACAAACACCUUCAUGAGCAGUGAUUUUCCAGAGGUGAAAGUGUCGGAGCAGACACCAUCAGACGAGCUGGCGAGAAAGAUGAGAAAUUACAGCGGGCGAACAUAUUCCUCCAGCACUACUAUGGCUUACUCAGCGUACCACCACGACACUGAAACCUACUCCUCAGGCGCUCCUCUGAUUCUCUAA